UCCAUCCACAGCCUCAGAACACCGGACUGUCAUCCUCGGAGCGGCCGCCUGCAUCUCCACCAGCUCUCUGCCGUUUCACUGUCAGCGGAUACAACAUGGAGCCGAUUUAAGACGCUGAGCCGAUAGAAGCCAAACCAGAGAAACACCAGACAGCACUCAGAACCACAUCCCCUCACAGCUCGUUCUCAAGUCUCGAUAAUGAUGGAGUACUGGAGGCAAUGCGCGCUGUGGUUAAUAAACUGCAAGGUGCUUCCAGCCAACCACCGGGUGACAUGGGAGUCUGCACAGGUAUUUGACUUGGCCCAGACUCUCCGGGAUGGAGUCCUGCUGUGCCAUCUGCUCAACAACCUGAGACCCCAGUCCAUCAACCUGAAGGAAAUCAACCUCAGACCGCAAAUGUCUCAGUUCCUGUGCCUGAAGAACAUCAGGACGUUCCUGGCGGCGUGCAGCGAGAAAUUUGGCAUGAAGAAGACUGAGCUGUUUGAGGCCUUUGACCUUUUUGACGUCAGGGACUUUGGAAAGGUCAUGGACACACUGUCCAAACUGUCCCACACAGCGACUGCACAACAACCUGGAAUCAGGCCUUUUCCAACAGAGGAGAGUGUGGAGGACGAAGACAUUUACAACCACCUGGAGGAUCUCAUAGAUGAGAACGGGGUGGAGGAUGAGGAGGAUCUGUACGACUGCGUGUAUGAUGAUGAAGAUGGCGGAGAGAUCUAUGAGGACCUGAUGAAGACGGAAGCCGUCCCUCCUCCGGCGUUUCACAAGCAGGCGGAGACUGACAUCAGGAGCUGCUGUUUAACAGAGAUCAAGCAGACAGAGGAGAAAUACACUGAGACCCUGGAGUCUAUAGAGAAGCACUUUAUGUCGCCCCUCGCCAUGUUUUUAUCCACGGUGGAGAUGGAGAAGGUGUUUGUGAAUAUCCCGGACCUGGUUAAAGUUCACAAAUCUUUACUGCUGGAAGUCCAGGACUCAGUCCACCACAGAAGUGCCCAGAACCUUUACCAGAUCUUCAUCACCUUCAAAGAGAGGUUGUUGAUCUAUGGGAAAUAUUGCAGCCAUGUGGAAACAGCCAUCGCCACUCUGGACAACAUCAGCAAAGACAGAGAGGACGUUCGCAUGAAGCUCGAGGAAUGUUCAAAGAGAGCCAACUAUGGCAAGUUCACACUAAGGGAUCUGCUGGUGGUUCCUAUGCAGCGAGUCUUGAAGUACCACCUUCUGCUCCAGGAGCUGGUGAAACACACUCACGAUGCCACAGACAAGAGCAACCUGCGGACGGCACUGGACGCCAUGAAGGACUUGGCUCAGUAUGUUAACGAAGUCAAGCGAGACAACGAGACGAUGAGAGAAAUUGAUCAGUAUCAGAAAUCAAUUGAAAACCUGAAUCAGCCUCUGAGUAAAUACGGGAGACCCAAAGGUGACGGGGAGGUACGGGUGGCCUCGGUGGACAAACGAGCCAAACAGGACAGACACAUCUUCCUGUUUGAUGCUGCUGUCAUCGUUUGUAAGAGACGCGGAGACAACUACGAGAUGAAGGAAGUGAUCGACCUGCACCUCUUCAAGGUCACCAACAACCCCACGUCGGACAAGGAGAACCGAAAGUGGUCCCACGGAUUCUACCUCACUCACAACCAGGGCCAGAGCGGCUUUGAAUUCUUCUUCAAGACCAAAGAGUUGAAAAAGAAGUGGCUGGAGCAGUUUGGCAUGGCCAUAUCCAACAUUCGUCCUGAGAACGCCACUAACAACUUCCACGAGUUUCGUAUGCACACGUUUGACAGAAUAACCUCCUGCAACUCUUGCCACAUGCUGCUGAGGGGCAUUUUCAACCAGGGCUACCUGUGCUCCAAGUGCGGUCUGGGUGCCCAUAAAGAAUGCCUGGGUCGCUUCGGCUGCUGUGGAAAAACAGAUCCGGGCUCCGUCAGAACUCAGGGCAAAGAUCGAGAUCCAGGUCUGCCCAAGAUGCUGGUGAUCAGGAACUACUUUGGCGUCCCGAGUCCCACGUCUGGUCCGGCCCUCAGCAUCCAGACGGGUGACAUCAUCGAAUUAAUCUGUGCCGACCUUCACAGCGCCUGGUGGCAGGGCAAAAUCCUGUCGACGAAAGAGGUUGGCUUCUUUCCAAGCGAUGCCGUGAAGCCUUGCCCAUGUGUGCCGAAGCCCGUCGAUUACUCGUCUCAGCCUUGGUUUGCGGGGCCCAUGGAGAGACUGCAGGCAGAAGCUGAGCUCAUCAACAGGGUGAACAGCACCUACCUGGUCCGCCAUCGCAGCAGAGAGUACACAGAGUACGCCAUCAGCAUAAAGUACAACAACGACGUGAAGCACAUAAAGAUCCUGACCAAGGAGGGCUGCUUCUACAUCGCAGAGAACAAGAAGUUCAGGAGCAUAGUAGAGCUGAUCGAAUACUACAAACACCACUCCCUGAGAGAAGGGUUCAGGAGUCUGGACACCACGCUGCAGUUUCCGUACCGGGAACCGGAGAACGCUGCGAUGCACCGCCUCAACCGGUCGGGUGGCAACAUGUUUACUCCCAAAGUGAUCGGCGUGGCGAUAGCUCGGUACGACUUCUGCUCACGUGACACGCGGGAGCUCUCGCUGCAGGAGGGCGACGUGGUCAAGAUCUACACAAAGUCAGGAGCCAACGGGUGGUGGAGAGGCGAGGUCAACGGCAGGGUGGGCUGGUUUCCAUCCACGUACGUAGAGGAGAGUGAGGAGUGAAAGGUGCACCAUGGGAAUUAGAGCGAGAUGACAGAAGAACGGCAGCAGCAGAGUGAGACAGAGUGAGAGACAGAGUGAGACGCGGGGUGAGACGCGGGGUGAGACACGGGGUGCGUGUCUUCCCCUCUGCCUGCUCCGGUGUCCCCGGCCUCACUGUCCUCCUCACAGCCCUGCUGCCUCCGUCCGUCCCAGAGGCCUCUGGGAGAGAAAAGGGCAGCGACGCGCUGCAGGCGCAGAGACGCUGAUCAUUUCUGCUCCACUCUGUGAAGCUAAGUGACUCCACCAACCAGCAGCUUGCCUGUCAGCGGGACACAAGCCCUCGCCAGACACCCCCCUCCUCCCUCCCAGCCUCACCCUUCCAUCCAUAACUCACCCUUUGCUCCCUUCCCUCUCUGCCCCGGCCAAGCCACAGCCCCCAGCUCCCACCUGUUUCUGCUUGCCAAGUCGACUGUCGCCAGUCUCUCAGAAGUAGAUUCUCAAAAUGCCACUCUUCCAUUCAUGUGCUCAUCCAUCCAUCCAUCCAUCCAUCCAUCCAUCCAUCCAUCCAUCCAUCCCACCACCCCCUGUGGAAACAGACUCUCUCGCUGUAAAGUCUUUUUUUCUUUCAUCUCCCUCUCACUCAGUCAGGUUUGACCUUGCCACUAAUGCAGGUGGUUAUUGAUGACUUGAUGACCCAGAU